AUGCACAGGCAGCUGCAGUGGCUCGCGGGGCUUCGGCGCCCACUGGGCCAACUGCCCCCCCGCAUCCCCCCCUCAGUGUCCAAACCAGCGAUUAUAGUUAGUGCUACGGUAGAAGUGAAAUCUCGCCAGGAUGCCGUUGAACUCUUCAAAAAGAACAUUAAUUACCGCGCUUCCAACUACGCACCUGCUAGAAUUCAGCCAGUUUCCAACAAUAAGUUGCGGGUUGAAUUCGACAACGAGACCCAGCUUAAAGACACCCUCACGCGGCUUCAGGGGAAAACCGAUGACUUAAUUCAGUCCAUCAUUCGCCAAAAUACAGUAUUAACCGAACUGAUUAACAAUGGUGGUGGUGAGAACCUCAAGUUGAGGUUCAAACGUGAAAACAGAAACGCCAAUUUGUACAACGCGGUAUUGUUAGUAGAACCCAAACUAUACAAUAAAAUGCUCGACAUGGGUCGAAUCAGUGUCGAAUAUCAGCGAGUCCACGUAGCUAGCUUCUCGCCGUUCCUACAGUGCCACAAGUGCCUGCAGUUCGGUCAUACUAAAUUAAGGUGCACUGCGGACCAAAAUCUCUGCUCACAUUGUGCGAGCACGGAGCAUGAUGUGGGCAAAUGUCCCAAUAAAGAUAAGCCCAACAGCGUCAAAUGCUACAACUGCCACACUCAUAACACGCGCUUCAAUACAAAAAUGGAUACCAAACACACGGCCAACUCAAACACCUGCCCACGAUUGCGAGCCAUGAGGGAGAAGAUUAAUAACCGUGUUGAUUAUGGAUAUACACCGUAA